AACUGGAAUUUAACCGUAGGCAGCUCGCUUGGAACCACCCGCCGCCUCUGCUUCUGCCUCCGCGGAGCGCCACCUGUCGGCUGGAUUAUGUCACUACAGUGCUAAAGUCUGGACCAGGACUGGAUUUAUACUGUUGCUGCUGAUUCUUUCACUGAUAGCAGAACCAUGGUUUCCAUUGGAACUAAGGACCAGCAGCUCACCAGCUAUGGAGGCACCCAGGCUUGUGGGCUGAGUUGUCAGCCACUAGACUGUCAGCCUUUCCAGGAAGAGACAGCUACCAUGGCACUACUCUGACACACUCAGAGGCAUUCAGCCUCAAGGACAGAGGAACUACUGGGUUCCUAGCCUGUCAGCUUAGGUGUCCUGCCACCUGGAGAGUGUGGCCCCAAAGUCUACAGCCAAUCAGAGCAUAAAGGCUGAACAAGGCAUCCAAUCAAGGUGAAAGUGAGGAGAAGGAGCUUCUGAACUAGAAACUCCAAGAUCAAGGUUAUUGGUUCAGGGUUUGGUGGGAAGACCUGUCUCUGACUCCAUGAUAUCACAUGUUCUGGAGGAGGCAAAUACUGAGCCUCACAUGAUGCAAGGCUAAAGAGCAAGUGAGCAAAAUGAAUACUCCAGCUGGUUGAAGGAGCCUUUCUGCAGCCUUUCAGGGUCCAGAGGGCGGGUCCUGAAUCAUUAGCGAAUGAGAAGCGCUAGAGCUGUGCAAAUUAUCCAAUCCUUCGUCUGUAGGAGGAGGAGCCCCGCCUUAAACAGAGGUGCGGGCCUUUUUUAGAUCGCCAUUAUCCUUACCCAGUGUAUGCAGCUCAAAUACUCCAGGGACGAAACCUCUGCCGUGCUGUGAACCUGCUUGGGUCCUUGUUACUUUGAGGAGGACCAUAGACAACCGGAAGCUGGAAAUGGAGUCUGUGACCUCUGAGGAUGUGGCGGUAAAGUUCAGUAUGGAAGAGUGGGCACUGCUGAGUCCUUCUCAAAAGAAGCUCUACAGAGAUGUAAUGCAGGAAACAUUCAGGAACUUGGCUGCCAUAGGAAUGGAACAGGAAGACCAGAACUUUGAAAAAGACUACAGAUGUUCCCAGAGAAAUCCCAAAAGUCAAAUGGGAAAGAGUCUUUGUGAACAUAAUGAAGAUAAUCAAUGUGUAGAAAAUUUCAGCUGGAUUCUAGAUCCUACUCUAUAUAAAGAUAAUCCUCUUAGAUUCAAGCCAUGUGAAAGGCAUACGUGUAGAAAUGUUCUCAAUGUUCAUUCAUCCUUAAAUGUGCCUAUCACAGUUCAAUUUGGACACAAACCAUAUGAGUAUCAGAAAUAUGCAAAGCAGCUGUAUGAAUGUAAGGAAUGUACAAACAACUCCAGCUUCCCCCAGUGCCUUCUGAUGCAUACGAGAACUCAAACUGAAGAGAAACUUCAUGAAAGUAAACAAUGUGGAAAAGCUUUUAGUGAUAAUCCCUCCCAGAUACUUGAAAGAAUCCAUGCUUCAAAGAAACCAGAUGGAUGCAAACAGUAUAGAAAAGAAUUCAGGAACAAUGUUACCGAAAGACAAAUGGUAACACACAGGGGUGAUGGUCCAUGUAAGUGUAAGAAAUGUACUAAAGAUUUUGCCUAUUCCACUUCACUUUUUAUGCAUUCAAGUUCUCAUAUUGGAGAGAAGGUAUAUAUGCAUAAACUGUGUGAUAAAGACUUCCCUAAUCCUGCUUACCUUGAAUGCCAUGAAAAGAUGCAUCAUGAAGAAAGACCUUAUGUUUGUAAGUACUGUGAGAAAACAUUUACUCGUUCUGGUUCCUUGAGAUGUCAUGAAAGGAUUCAUACUGGAGAGAAACCAUAUGCAUGUAAGCAAUGUGGGAAAGCCUUUACUACACACACUUCUCUCCGAUGCCAUGAGAAGAUUCACACCGGAGAAAAACCUUAUGAAUGUAAACAAUGUGGAAAAUCUUUCAUGCUCUACAGAUAUUUGCAAAGACAUGAACGAAUUCACAGUGGACAGAAACCCUAUGAAUGUAAGCAAUGUGGUAAAGCUUUUUAUGUUCACAGUGUUCUUCGAUAUCAUGAAAGGAUCCACAGUGGAGAGAAACCUUAUGAUUGUAAGCAUUGUGGGAAAGCAUUCACUCAUUCCAAUUAUUUGAGAUGCCAUGAAAGGAUUCACAGUGAAGAAAAGCCCUACAUAUGUAAACAAUGUGGUAAAGCCUUCACUACACACAAUUCCCUUCAUCACCAUGAAAGGACUCACAUUGGAGAGAAACCCUAUGUAUGUAAGCAAUGUGGUAAAGCUUUCAGAACACAGAAUUCCCUUUAUCAUCAUGAAAGGACCCAUACUGGAGAGAAACCCUAUGGAUGUAAACAAUGUGGUAAAGCUUUCACAUUGUGCAGGUCCUUACAAAGACAUGAACGAAUUCAUAGUGGGGAGAAAUCCUGUGGAUGUAAGCACUGUGGGAAACUCUUUUCAUGUUUGAGUGAGGUUCAAAGGCAUGAACAGACUCACACUGGAAUAAAGUCUUAUAUAUGUAAACAAUGUGGGAAAGCCUUCUCUAAAAAUAGUUACCUUCAGUAUCAUGAAAAGAUUCAUAGUGGAGAGAAACCUUGUGUAUGUAAGCAGUGUGGAAAAGUGUUCACUUUUUACAGUUCUCUUCAACGCCAUGAAAGAACUCACAAUGGAGAGAAACCUUAUGUAUGUAAGCCAUGUGGGAAAGCAUUUACUUUUUCCAGUUCCCUUCAUCGUCAUGAAAGGAUUCACAGUGGAGAGAAACCCCAUAUAUGUAGGCACUGUGGGAAAGCCUUUCCUUCUUUGAAUCAGGUUCAGAGACAUGAGCAAACACACAGUACCGUUAAACCCUUUGUAUGUAAUCAGUGUGGUAAAGCCUUUACUCUACAUAGUUCCCUUCGGGACCAUGAGAGGGUCCAUAGUGGAGAGAAACCAUAUAUAUGCAAGCAAUGUGGUAAAGCCUUCACUUAUCACAGUUCCCUUUGGUACCACGAAAAGAUUCAUAGUGGAGAGAAACCUUAUACAUGUAAGCAAUGUGGAAAAGCAUUCUUGCAGUGCAGUUCCUUGCAAAGACAUGAGCGAAUUCACUCUGAAGUGAAACCCUGUGCAGAAGAGUGUGAUCCUGUUAACUAGAGAAGCCCUAGAACACUAAGAGUUCAGAUGGCCAUUUUGGUGGGAGUGUGGAAGGUCAAAAUGCCAAUAGAAAUGCAGAAAAUAAAGAAUGCUCAUUAGGUUUCAGAAAAGAAUAAGUGCUCUAUUGGGAAAUGGACUAGAAACUAUGCAUAUUUCAUUUUGACAAGUAAUCUAGUUUCAUUAUGCCCGUGUCUAAAGAAUUUGAGUAAGGUUUAAUUAAAGAACAUUUUACUAGAUCAAGGCAAUUUGAAGACAGUGUAGUAUUCAGUGUGUCAUGGUUGUUGCUCACCACUCUUUCCUGGGUUUGCAGAGAGAUGGAGAGGAAGAGAGAGAGAUGUAAAAAAUGUCUAGUUUGUUGAGAAAAUCAUAAGUGAAUUUAAUGCUGCACAAAAGGAAUGCAUGGUGGGGGGACUGUGAUUGUUAAAAAGAUUAGCACAGCUAAGAAUAAAGCAUGCAUUAUGCACUGGGACAAUGGGAAGGAUACACUAGGGCAUAGUCCUCCCAUUGAAGACUCUGGCUUAUAAGUGUAUAAAAUUGUUUGAAAGGAGAGACUGAAGUGAUCUCUUGUUUAAAAUAAUUGCCUAGGGAAGUAUUUUUUUUUUCCUGGAUCAACCACUAAGACACAUGGGCUAUUUCAGUUCCACUCAAAGGGGCCCAGUCUGCAUCUCCAGCCAGCAUCAGAACUUGACAGCAUCCUUCAUGCAAAAUGCAAGACCAGACCUGAGUUAUAGAAGCUUGCUCCAAGCCCACUAAGGCCAGAUAAUGUGUCACAUUUAGAUUCCCUGCAAGGAAAGCAAUGUGUAGCACUUUCAAAUUUUAUAAAAGGAUGUCCCAAGAUGCCGCCAUUCAUUGUUGUGAAGCUGUGAAAGUGAGCCUUGUGUUACAGCAGAGAUUCUAGGAAAUGCCAGGACCAUGCUUAGUCUGUUAAGCAGGUAGGGAGUAGAACCAGUCUAGUGCAGUGAGUGGGUGCUGCAGGGUACAGGAGUGGGUUUACAGAAGGCUAAUGGAGCUCAGAUGAUAUCAACAAUAGCUCUAGAUGCUGACAAAGAUCUUCAGGAUUUGGUGAUUGUGUUUCUGAGUUUUGGCCUUGCUUUUGGCACAGUCUUUUCUCUGCUAUAUUCUCAGUUCUCCCUUUUGGAAUGGAAAUGUUUAUUACAUAGCAUUGUAUACAUAGCUUUGUAACCUCUCUUGAUUUUCUAAGGGCUCACAGUUCCAAGAUUGCCUUGAGUCUCAAAAAAAAAAAAGUGUUUGGACUUUGGACCAUACAGUGUUUAAAGAACUAAGACUGUGGGGACUUUUGAAGUUAGAAUGGAUUAUUUUUGCUUUAUGAGAUGGCCACAAACCUUUGAGGGCCAGGGAUAGAACAGUAUGGUGAAAAAGGAUGGUUCUGGGCAUCAGUUUUAGAGGUAGACUUGCUGAUGGCUAAUUUUUUUUUUUUUUUUUUUUUUUGUCAAUCUGGCUGGAUUUAUAAUCACCUAAGAAACAAACAAACAAAACAAACACUUAUGGCACAUCCAGAGAGAUGUGACUGAUAAGGGAAGACCCACUUUGGGUCUCAUCUCAUGGCUUGGUGCCCAGACUGAAUAAAUACUGAGAAAGGAGUAAGCUAACAGAGCACCAGGAUUUGUCUUCCAGCUCACCACCAUGCCUUCCCUGUUAAAAUGAACCAUUUUUUAAAGAUAAGAUAAGCAUUUAUGUAAGUUGUUUUUGUAUGGUAUUUUGUCAUGGCAUCAAGAAGAAUAACUUCUACACCCUGUGAAUACUAUCAAUAUGGGCAUCCUUUAUCAUGAAAUGAUUUGUUCAUGGUCUAAAGAAACCCCCUUCUAUCCUGCAAACUAUGCAAGAAAGCCUUCUAGCUUUUGAAUUUGUUUGAUUAAAUUCACACUGGAGAAAACCAUAUGGGCACAAGCAAUGUGGCAUAUCUGUCUUGCUGUGAUUUUUUUUUCAAAGAUUUAUAAGCAGCUACACUUGAAGGUAUCCUUCAGUGUAGAGUGUGGAAAGUUCCCAUUAUCACAAGUCCAUUCUAGCAAACUUGACAGUGGUUAAUGAAGAAAAUGUGUAUUAGUAUAACAUGUGGAAGGACAUCUCAAUUCAGAAAUUUCAAAAAAUGGGUUUGGUGGAAUGGGUCAGUGAAUAAAGGUCUUUGCUGCCAAGCCCGAUGACAUAAGUUGAUUCCCAGGGCCCAUAUUCUAGAAGGAGAGAACCAACUCUUCCAAGUUGUCCUCUGACCUCCAUACACACAGGGUUGUAUGUGCAUCCCAUCACCUUUCCACAUAAAGAUAAAUAUAUUGAUUAAUUCAAGAAAAACCUUAAAAAUACCACACUCUGAUUGGGAAAUGUGCAUUAGAAUAAUGUACAGAAGUCUUCAGCUGGUCUACAUGUUUGAAUACAUGCUGGAUCAAACUCUUUUGGGAAUGGGAAAAAGAAAACUUGGUUAUAAUAAAGAGCUUCAAAAUCCUGUGAAGUUUCUUCAUGCAGUCCACUUCUAGAAACAAGCAAGCAGUAUAAAAUGUGAUGCAAAAUAAUUUGUGUAGAAUUCUCCAGAAAUUAGAAAACCUGAUGGAAAUGUUCUGAGAGUUAUAAAUAUGUUUAUCAGUU